AUGGUGCUGGCGCUCGCCCUAGCGGACGCGUGCCGCCUGAUCGACAAGUUCACGCGGUUUGCUGGGGAGCUGUUUGGCAUGCUGAUUGCCGUAUUGUUCAUGCAGGUCGGGGUCAAGGGCAUAAUCAAAGAGUUUGGCGCCCCGCAUGGCGCGCCUGGCGCCGUCGCAUCACCACCAGACGCCGCCACCCGCCUGGCAAACACCGCCAACGGCCUAUGGGCGCUCGUGCUGGCCGCGGCCCUGCUAUCUGCGUCGCUCGCCUCGCGCCGCGCCCGCCACUGGCGCUUCCUCCGCGGCUGGGCGCGCGGCGCCCUGGCUGACUACGGCUGCCCCCUCGCCUUCGUCGCGGUGACCGCCCUCUCCUUUGCCCUGCGCGCCGUGCCCGGCGCGCCGCGGCGCGUGACGACCCCCAACACAUGGGAGCUGGGUCCUUCCUCAUUCCUCGUGGGUGGCCGCAUGGCCCAGGUCCCCCCAGAGUUCGUUGCCGCGGCGCUGGUGCCCGCGUUGGUCAUUGCUGUCCUAUUUUUUUUCGACCACAACGUCAGCUCCCAGAUGGCACAGCAGAAGGAGUUCAACCUGCGGCGGCCGCCGGCCUACCACUACGACUUCCUGCUGCUGGGGCUGCUGACGCUGCUGUGCGGCCUGCUUGGUCUGCCGCCCGUCAACGGCGUGCUGCCGCAGGCGCCCAUGCACACGCGGGCCCUGGCCACCCUCAAGGCGCAGGCCGCAAAGGCCGCGACUAAGCAAGCCGCCAGUCAGGCCAACCUCACCGAAACCGCUUCGGCGCGCGGGCCGCCGCCGCCGCGGGCCGGCCCCUCUGCCGGGAAGGAGGACGGAUCCAACGGCGGGGACGCUCUGUUGGUGGACGGCCGCGGAGAGGUGGAGGUCCUGCCUUUGGAGGUCAACGAGCAGCGCGUCAGUGCCCUGCUGCAGUCGCUCUUCGUGGCGGUGGCGCUGGCCCUCACGCCCGCCAUCCGGCUGGUCCCCACGUCUGUGCUCUGGGGCUACUUUGCCUUCAUGAGCCUCGAGUCCCUGCCAGGCAGCCAGUUCUGGGAGCGGCUGCUGCUGCUGGCCACCGACCCCAAGCGCCGCCACGUCGUGCUGGAGCGGCCCCACGCGGCGUACCUGCAGCUGGUGCCCUUCAGGGCCGUGGCGGCCUUCACGGCGCUGCAGCUCGCGCUGCUCUCCGGCGUGUGGGCGCUCACCACGUUUGGCGGGGUGGCGUCGUUCCUGUUCCCCCUGCCCAUCAUGGCGCUGGUGCCCCUCCGCCAGUACGCGCUGCCCCUCAUCUUCAGCAGGCACGCCGGAGGAAUGGGGGGAGCCGGCCUGCAGCGGCAGUGUCACGCUGCGCCACAAUUUUGA